AUGGGAGCGUGUUGUAGUUGCUUAAAUGAAUCCAGAGACGAUGCAAGCGUGCUUCCUAUAGCAGAUAAUGAACGAGAAGCGGUCACAUCACUCCUUGGAUACCUCGAAGACAAAGACCGCUUUGAUUUCUAUUCGGGGGGUCCACUCAAGGCACUGACUACAUUGGUUUAUUCGGACAACUUGAAUCUCCAACGCAGUGCAGCGCUAGCAUUCGCUGAAAUCACGGAGAAGUACGUGCGGCCAGUCAACCGUGAGGUUUUGGAGCCUAUCCUUAUACUGCUGCAGAGCAGCGACUCGCAGAUCCAAGUUGCGGCAUGCGCAGCCCUAGGUAAUCUGGCAGUGAAUAACGAGAACAAAAUCCUGAUUGUAGACAUGGGCGGUUUAGAGCCUCUGAUCAAUCAAAUGAUGAGUAGCAACGUGGAGGUGCAGUGUAACGCAGUCGGCUGCAUUACUAACUUGGCCACGCAGGACGGUAACAAGGCCAAGAUUGCGACUUCAGGUGCGUUAGUGCCACUCACAAAGUUGGCUAAGUCCAAGAACAUUCGUGUCCAGCGUAACGCUACAGGGGCGCUACUCAACAUGACACACUCAGGGGAAAACAGACGCGAGUUGGUAAACGCUGGAGCAGUUCCAGUGCUGGUGGCUUUGUUGUCGUCUGUAGAUGCGGAUGUCCAGUAUUACUGUACCACUGCAUUGUCAAACAUUGCUGUUGAUGAGUCAAACAGGAAGAAGUUGUCGCAAACGGAGCCUAGGUUGGUAUCGAAGCUGGUUGCGUUGAUGGACUCGCCAUCGGCCAGGGUAAAGUGCCAGGCAACUCUAGCAUUAAGAAAUCUUGCUUCCGACACCGGCUACCAGCUCGAGAUCGUUCGUGCUGGUGGACUGCCCCACUUGGCUAAACUAAUCCAGAGCGAUUCGAUGCCGCUGGUCUUAGCCAGUGUUGCGUGUAUCAGGAACAUCUCUAUCCAUCCGCUAAACGAAGGCCUAAUUGUGGACGCGGGCUUCUUGAAGCCUCUAGUUAAGCUUCUAGAUUUCAAAGCUUCCGAGGAGAUCCAGUGUCAUGCAGUUUCUACUUUGAGAAACUUGGCUGCGUCGUCCGAGAAAAACAGACAGGAAUUUUUUGAAAGUGGCGCGGUUGAAAAAUGCAAGGAGCUGGCGCUGGACUCGCCCAUGAGUGUGCAAAGCGAGAUAUCCGCAUGUUUCGCCAUCCUUGCCCUGGCAGACAAUUCCAAGGUGGAUUUGUUGGACUCUAACAUCCUCGAGGCGCUGAUCCCUAUGACCUUCUCAAAGAACCAGGAGGUCUCAGGGAACGCUGCCGCCGCUUUAGCUAACUUGUGUUCCAGGAUCAACAACUACGCGAGAAUCAUUGAGUCUUGGGAAACCCCAGGAGAUGGUAUUCGUGGUUUCCUGAUUAGGUUUUUGCGGAGUGAGUACCCCACUUUCGAGCACAUCGCCUUGUGGACUAUUCUACAGCUGUUGGAAAGCCAUGAUGAAACCGUGCUCAAGCUCAUAAAGGGAAACAAAGAGAUUAUCAAGAACAUAAAGCAUCUGUCGGAAGUCAACUUUGAAAGCGCGCAAAAGGCCUCAGCUGCAAUGAACUCGCAGGCCGGCUCUGGCUCUGGCUCGGACCAAUUCGACGAUGCUAGCCUCGAAUUGUACAACAUCACUCAACAAAUCAUUCAAUUUAUAGAUUGA